AUGCGCUGCGGGGUUCUCACCAAGACGGACUGGCUCCGCCUCGACGACGCCAUACGUCCUCUUGUUAAGAGGACCCUCUACCUGCCGGGCAAUGCAUCCAACCACUACAUCUACGGCAACGCUGGCGGCGGCGCUGCUGGCAUCCCCGUGGCGGCAGAGCUCAGUGACGUCUGCCGCGUGGAUUCAGCGUACAAGUUGCUCACCACGACCGACCGGGGCCUCCGGGACAUGGCGAUCCUCGACGCCUAUUCAGUGGCCAUUUCGAGACUCGGAUGGGAGGCGACCCGUUCCGAGCUCGAGGCGUACCUCUCGGGAAGCAUCGAGAACGCGUUCCGGGCCCCAGCCAGCCAACUACGCUCGGUGUGGACCGAGGCGCGCAAAGCGUCUCGUCGCCUGCAGGUCUUCUGGUCCCUAGACCCGGAGGACGUCCGCAUCACCUGCAGUGAUACCACGAUCACCCCAACCCACAGCUACAGAGUGAUGCGGUCCCUGCACGAGGUCCUGCCCGCCGACCGAGAUCGAGCCCUCCAGGACCAGCCCAAUGAAGGAAAGGUCCUGGCGUGCGUGGCGGCUGACCGGGCGAGUUCGCACCUUAUGCGCACGGGGGCCUACACCCAUUUCCCAGACAGGCGAUUCAUCCAUCGGGCCCGACUGAAUAUCCAUCCACUGAACGGCGCACGGAUGUGGGGACAAGCGGAUCGUGACCAGCGGUACCGCGUCUGCGGCUACUCUCGGGAGACGCUACCCCACGACGUGUGCCACUGCAUGGCUCCAAGCGCCAUGUACACGGCGCGACACAACGGCGUGGCGGAGCGCCUCCGCAAUCCCGCAUCGCCCCGCUUCACCGUCGCCUUCGCUAUUCGCCCAGUUGGUGACACCAACCUACGACCCGACCUCGUCUUGGCGAGCGGCGAGGAAGCCAUCGUUCUCGACGUGGCCUGCCCCUUCGAGAACACGCCCGACGCCCUCACCAACACGCGCAACGAGAAGGUCGCAAAGUACGAGCCCGUUGCAGCCUACCUUCGGCGUCGCUAUCAGCGCGUCACCGUGGCCGCGAUCGUCGUCGGAGCCCUCGGCACUUGGGAUCCCGCCAACGACACCGUGCUUCGGAGGCUGUGUGCGCGCCCGUACUUGCGCCUUUUCAAACGUCUGUGCGUGAGUGAGGUGAUAGCGGCCACGCGCGCCAUCUACCACGACCAAGUGCGCGCUGGCUCGACAUAA